AAACCUGCUAUGCGUGUAUUCAUAAAUUUUCCGCCAUUACAGAGAAAAUAAUCACAGUAACAGUGGCUUCUGUAUCUCUCUGUAUCUAUCUAUAGUUGAAAUUGUGCCAGUCUCUGAUACUUCUCGUGAUUACCAUCUCAACCUAUUCUUCCUUUCUCUUACCUCCUCAUUCACUCCCUCUUUCCCAUUCUACACACAUCACAAAACCCAACUUUCUCUCCCCUCCCUUUCUCUUCAAACCCUAGCCUUUCUUAAUAAUUCCCGCCGCUUGCAUCUGGAGGAUUUUAACUUUUGCGGUUUUUGGGGUUCUUUUCUCCGUCGUUGCCUUGUUCUCCGCCUUUGAUUUAUUGGGUUUCAGAGAACUAUGACCAAAGAGAAAUACGGAGGGUUCUCUACAUGCCUUGUCUUUAGAAAUGGGCUGACAUAUUAAUUUUCUAGGCUCCAUUUAUUUCCUCAUCAAAUACAUCUAUAUUCUAUCAAGUAUGGAUGCAUCAUCCAGUACGUGUGAGAUUGUGGAAUCAAGAGAAGAGAUAAUUUCUGAGUUCCGAAUGGAUGAAAAACCUGAAAGUAGUUGUGCCCACAGAUCAGGGAAAAAGUGUUCUAUAGAGGAUGAUAUUGAUCGUCUUUUCCAAGCUAUUGACUUUAAAAAUUCAGCUAGAGGUUCUAGCACCCCACGUUCACAAAAGAGUGCUCUUAAAAGGCCAAUAAAAGUCAGUUCAUCUCAGGCAUCAGGGAUUGGGAUUGCAGAGCCUGUAAGUUUGAAGCAGGCACUCAGAGGGCUUUGCAUAUCUCAGGCAUCAGAGAUGGCUGCAUUGAAGCGACUAUCAAAGCCAUCCAGUUCAUCUAGAGUAUCUGAGGCGGGAACUAUUAAGAAGCUGUAUACAGAAGUAGUGGAUGAGGGGAAAGGGAACUUGGUUGAAAUCUCCCUUGUGCCUGAGAUAUCUGUAUCUUCUGGUAAAAUGCCUAGGGAAGAGAAGUCAAGUUCAAGUGCUGAUCAUUCUACUCAUUUUGUUGAAGUAACAAAUCCAAAAACAAUCGCAACCAGGGUAGCAUCCCGAGAUCAGAUUGUUCCUCUUCAAGCAGAAGGUGAAAAUGAGAAGUUAGUCACAGUUUGUGGAAAACCUGUACUUCCAAAUUCAUCCAUAGUUGAUUUUGAAAGUGAGGAAGUGUCUGAGGUCAAGAUUGUUUCUACUUCCUCAAGCAAAGCCUCGCACUGUUCUACAAUUCUAGAUAAGGGGCAGGAAGUAGAGUUGCAUUCUGAAGCUAAUCAACCAAGCUCUAGCACGAGCAGUGGAGUGGAGAAAUCCACAAGCAGUAUUACAUGUUUGGCAAAGCCAAUGUUCAGGAACAUGAGCUUCCUUAAGAAAGUAAAGCAAGAAUCAUGUUCUACCUCAAGUGGCUCCACACUAUGUUCAAGAAAAGUUGACAAUGACUUGGAUCCUGGUACGGGUAAUUUGAACAAGGAGACUGAUAAACAUAAUUUGAAGCAGGAAACGAAAGAAAAUGAGAAAUUGUCUCCCUGCAGUUCAAAUCAUAGUGUAGAAGUUAACUCAAUUAAUGUGUGUGCAGAUUCAAGCAAAACUGGUUUCAGUAUGAAUUGCAGUAAGAGAACCAAAUUUCUAGUGACAAAAAUUGAUGAAAAAUCAAGAUCAAAAGAAAAGGGUGAAUUUUCCCAAAGCUCAAAAAGCAGCAUUGGUGAGUAUAGUAGUAGCACAACGGCAAGCUUAAGUGAAGAGAGCAAUUUGAGUGGCUCUAGUCGCAGUGGCCACAGGCCUCACAUGUCAAAACACUUGAGAUGGGAAGCUGUUCGUGCUGUUCUGCAGCAGCAUGGGAGCUUAAAUUUGAAACAUUUCAAGCUGCUCAGGAGGCUUGGUUGUGGGGAUAUUGGAACUGUUUAUCUCGCAGAACUAAUUGGUACAAGCUGCCUUUUUGCUCUGAAAGUGAUGGAUAAUGAGUUUUUGGCCAACCGGAAGAAAAUUUUCAGGGCCCAAACUGAGAGAGAGAUCCUGCAGAUGCUGGAUCAUCCUUUUCUUCCUACACUUUAUGCCUAUAUUACAACUGAUAAGCUCUCUUGCUUGGUUAUGGAGUAUUGCCCAGGUGGAGAUCUACAUGUGCUGCGCCAGAGGCAACCAUAUAGGAGUUUCUCAGAACAAGCAACCAGGUUUUAUGUUGCUGAAGUUCUUCUUGCCCUGGAGUAUCUGCACAUGCUAGGAGUCAUAUAUCGAGACUUGAAGCCUGAAAAUAUCCUUGUCCGAGAAGAUGGUCACAUUAUGCUUACAGAUUUUGACUUGUCACUCAGAUGUUCUGUGAAUCCAACGUUAGUCAAGUCGUCUUCGCCGGAUGAGGAUUCAACAAAGAAGAUGUCCAGUCCCUGUGCAGAGGCUAGCUGCAUACACCCUUUCUGUCUACAACCUGACUGGCAAGUCUCGUGUUUCACUCCUAUUCUCUUAUCUGCUGGAGCAAAAUCUCGGAAGAUGAAGUCCGACAUGGCUGCUCAGGUUGGUCCCUUGCCACAACUCGUUGUCGAGCCAACCAGUGCCCGCUCUAACUCAUUUGUUGGCACGUACGAAUACCUCGCGCCGGAGAUCAUCAAAGGUGAUGGCCAUGGAAGUGCUGUGGAUUGGUGGACUUUCGGUAUAUUUUUGUUUGAGCUUUUGUAUGGUAAGACUCCCUUCAAGGGAGCAGGGAAUGAGGAAACAUUAUCCAAUGUUGUGUCACAGAGUCUUAAGUUCCCAGAUGCUCCUAUUGUCAGUUUUCAUGCAAGAGAUCUGAUACGAGGGCUGUUGAUAAAAGAUCCAGAAAACCGGUUAGGUUCGGUUAAAGGCGCCGCCGAGAUAAAGCAACACCCUUUCUUUGAAGGCUUAAACUGGGCUCUGAUAAGAUGUGCAGCCCCACCUGAGCUGCCCAGGUUUCGUGAAUUUGGAAGCUGUGUCCCAUCAUCAAUGGCUUCACAGAAAGAGAAUGCGAAUGAUUUAGAGGAUACAGAAGAUUGUGAGGAGUUUGAGCUGUUUUAGUGAUACUCUACCCCUCCCGUUUUAUUUCCUUCUUUCUUAUGUGGAGAUGGGGAUUGUAGUUUAAAGAUAUAACUCAAACGUGGUGACAUAUAUAGAUAGGUUAAUAUAUGUUUAUACGAUUUUAUAAGUUGCAAAUUUAUAUAGGAAACACCAGAUGUGAUGAUAGCCUUUGAGUAA